AUGGACUGCGCAGACGCACCUGUGCAUGAUUACCUGCGGGGAGCGGUGCCCACUCGGCACGAGUCGUCGUCGAGACCGCGUCAGGUUCACGGCCAAGCCGUUCGUCAAAAUUGCCCGAGAAAUCACGGAUUACCAUUCCCAGCAAGCGCGCCGUCCACGAGCAUACUCUCAAAACUACCACUGGUGCUAGAGCGUCGAGGACGUCCUGAGAGUACAGAGAACGACGUGUUUUGGGCGUCGCCAAGGAGGAUCGAGUUGGAGUUGGUGCUGGUGUUGGAC